GAGUGUGCGGAGAACAUGUCCUUCCGUGUUGACAAAGCUUGGCGCCAACGCUGCUCCCAACGAUUUCGCAACAUCUUGGAUAUGGUGGCAAAGAAGGCCGACCACAGCGUGCUUCGUCUUCUACAGAUCUCGCAACAGCACAUCGAGUCACAGCUUGAGCGUGUGAAGCAUGAGCGCGAGUUGUGGAAGGAAGUUGUGGAGCGUCGACAGCAGCAACCAUUGCAGCUGGCCCUUUCCAUGAAG